GGGAGGUCUUGGUAAAACUGCUUUAGCUGCAAAUGUGUACAAGAAGGCGAGGGAGAAAUUCCAGUGCCACGCCUGGAUCUCCGUCUCUCAAACUUAUUCUAGAGAAGAUGUCUUGAAGAAUAUAAGCAAGGAACUUUUCAAAGAUAAUGUCAGUGUGACAGAGAACAUCAUGCAUUAUUUGAUAUCCGCGGUACAGAAUCCGCAUCAUCCAUCUGUACAGAAUCUAAAACUGCAGCUAUGGACAUCACAUGCCUUGAAGAGACAAUGAAGAGUUUUCUGGGGCAACAAAAAUAUUUGAUCAUAUUGGAUGAUGUUUGGACUACAGAAACAUCUGAUGACUUGUCUAGGGUGCUUACUAAUAAUGAUAAUGGUAGUAGAAUUAUAAUGACAACAAGGGAAGGCCAUGUUGCUGCACUUGCCUCUCCAGGACACAUCUUAACACUAGCACCUUUACUAGAAGAUAAGGCAUGGGAUCUGUUCUGUAAAAAAGCCUUUCCAAGAGAUACUGAUCAUGAAUGUCCUUUGGAGUUGAAGCCUUUGUCCGAACAAAUGGUUAACAAAUGCAAAGGCUUGCCCCUUGUUAUUGUAUUAGCUGGUAGCCUUUUGUGUGUGCGCGAGAAAACUGUGGAAGAAUGGAGAAGAAUUAAUGAUCAAUUGAGUUGGGAGCUAAAUAACAAUUCAAGGUUUGAUCACAUAAGGAAUGUUUUGCAUCUGAGCUUCAUCUACCUUCCAACACACUUGAAAAGUUGUUUCCUGUACUGCAGCUUAUUUCCAGAAGACUAUCUUCUCAAAAGGAAACAACUUGUACGGUUAUGGAUAGCAGAGGGGUUCAUCGAUGGAAGGGGUGAUAGCACAUUAGAAGAAGUGGCAGAAGGCUAUCUGAACGAGUUGAUUGAUAGAAACAUGCUGCAACUUGUUGAAAGGAAUAAUUUUGGUAGGAUGAAAAGAUUCAGAAUGCAUGACAUCUUACGUGAAUUGGCAGUUGACUUGUGCCAGAAGAACUGUUUUGGUACUAUAUACGGGGAUAAGUGUGGGGGUUCUCUACAGAUGGAUGGACGUCGAUUGGUAAUGCAUAGAGUGAAGAAGGAUAUUCAGCAGUCAUUUUCUAGCAUGCACCACCUUCGAACUGUCAUUACACUGGAUGGCUGCAUGCCAUCAUUCACUCUACUUCCUCUGCUAUGUAACAAAUCAAGAUAUAUGACAGUGCUAGAAUUAAGUGGUUUACCUAUCGAGAAGCUUCCAGAUGCUAUUGGUGAUCUUUUUAAUCUCCGCCAUUUGUGUUUACGUGAUACAAAAGUGAAGGUGCUCCCGAAGUCUGUUGAGAAGCUUUCAAAUUUGUUGACACUGGACCUUCAUGGAUCUGACAUACAUGAGUUGCCUAGUGGGAUCGGGAAACUGAAGAAGCUUAGGCACUUAUUUGCUGAGAAAACAAUUGACCCAGAUUGGAGAGAGAUUCAAUGUUGCAGUGGUAUGUGUAUCCCCAAAGGUCUUGGAAAUCUAACAAAUCUACAGACAUUACAAGCAUUGGAAGCACAAGAUGAGUCUGUCAGACAUUUAUGGGAGCUGACGCAACUGAGAAGUUUGAGGUUAUGGAAUGUGAAAGGAAACUACUGUGGCCGCAUCGGUGAGUCUCUAGUUCGGAUGCGCCUAGAUGUAAAUGCAAGUGCUGAGAACGAGGUUCUCUUGUUGAAUGUCUGCCUGCCAAGCCUGCAAAAGCUGUAUUUGAGAGGACGACUAGUGGAAGGGGCUUUCGACGAGUCUCCUCUCUUCCAAGCUGUUGGGGGGAAGAACUUGCAUGUAUUGAAUCUAUCUUUAUCACAAUUGAGAGAAGACCCCUUGCCAUCCCUUUCUCGGUUGUCAAAUUUGACGCGUCUACAAUUCACUAGAGCAUACAACGGUGAGCAGCUGACAUUUUGCAUAGGGUGGUUUCCCAAGCUAAAGAUUCUCGUUCUAAGAGACAUGCCUAAUCUGAAUCGGCUAGAGAUACAUCAAGGUGCCAUGGCGAGGCUGGAAAGAUUAGUCUUAGUCAACCUCAGCGGUAUGAUGGAGGUCCCACCUGGCAUUGAGUUUCUCAUGCCUCUCCAGCGUCUGGUUUUCCAGGAAAUCACCGAUGACUUCUUGACAUUGUUACGCGAAUGUUCUGCAAUUCGAGGGGCCCAUGCGGUGUAUUCUCUCCGAUAUUGACAUGCCCAGACUAGUUUGGAAAUGUGUAUGUACAUAAGUCACCGGCGGAAAAGAAGAUGCUUCGCUAUGAUGUUUAGAUCAAGGAAAAAGGAGUAUCCGAUUCCAAUGUUAGUGUACGCUCGUGCUGCUGCUGAUUGUGCAUACUUUCUGGGUUUCCUCUGCUUUUAUUCAACACGCACCAUUUGUUGCU